GCUGCCUGACGCUGCUCGGGCGCUCGGCGCGGAGACCCGGCGGGGUACCCUCUGGAGCCACUUCCCCACUCCGGGCUGUCAGCGGUUCCCUUUGCUCGUUGCCUUCCGGGAGCACGGGUCGCGGCGCUUUGAGCCUAUUUCUUGAACGUCCCUACAGGCCCGGGAGAGGCGCGGGCCGGGCCCGGGGACCUCGGCGGCAGCCCGGAAGCGGGACGGCGGUGGCGGGGCGCUGUACGCGGGCGCUGUGUGCGGCCGCGUGGGCCAUGGGGCGGCGGUCGCGGGCCCGGCGGACCCAGAGGGGGCCGCGGCCGGAGGGCGCGGAGGACGGCGCCGAGGGCGGCGGGAAGCGCAGUGAGGCGGGCUGGGAAGGCGGGUAUCCGGAGAUCGUCAAGGAGAACAAGCUGUUCGAGCACUACUACCAGGAGCUCAAGAUCGUGCCCGAGGGCGAGUGGGACCAGUUCAUGGAAGCGCUCAGGGAUCCCCUCCCGGCCACCUUGAGAAUUACUGGCUACAAAAGCCACGCAAAAGAGAUUCUCCAUUGCUUAAAGAACAAGUAUUUCAAGGAAUUGGAGGACCUGGAGGUGGAUGGUCAGAAAGUCGAAGUUCCACAACCCCUGAGUUGGUAUCCGGAAGAACUUGCCUGGCACACCAAUUUAAGUCGAAAAAUCUUGCGAAAGUCUCCACAGUUGGAAAAGUUUCACCAGUUUCUGGUUAGCGAAACUGAAUCUGGAAAUAUCAGUCGACAAGAAGCCGUUAGCAUGAUUCCACCGCUGUUACUGAAUGCACACCCCCAUCACAAGAUCCUAGAUAUGUGUGCAGCACCUGGGUCAAAGACCACACAGUUGAUUGAAAUGCUGCAUGCUGACAUGAAUGUCCCUUUUCCAGAGGGAUUUGUCAUUGCAAAUGACGUGGACAACAAACGCUGCUACCUGCUCGUUCACCAGGCCAAAAGGUUGAGCAGCCCUUGUAUCAUGGUGGUCAACCAUGAUGCAUCCAGCAUACCUAGGCUCCAAAUAGAUGUGAAUGGAAGGAAAGAGAUUCUCUUCUAUGAUCGCAUUUUAUGUGAUGUCCCUUGCAGUGGAGAUGGUACUAUGAGAAAAAACAUUGAUGUUUGGAAAAAGUGGACCACCUUAAAUAGCUUGCAGCUGCAUGGCUUGCAGCUGCGAAUCGCAACGCGAGGCGCGGAGCAGCUGGUAGAAGGCGGCAGGAUGGUGUACUCGACGUGUUCACUCAACCCCAUUGAAAAUGAAGCUGUCAUAGCAUCCUUACUGGAAAAAAGUGAAGGUGCUCUGGAGCUGGCUGACGUGUCUUCUGAGCUGCCGGGGUUAAAAUGGAUGCCAGGGAUCUCGCACUGGAAGGUCAUGACGAAAGAUGGGCAGUGGUUUGCAGAGUGGGAUGAUGUUCCGCACAGCAGACAUGCACAGAUCCGGCCCACCAUGUUCCCACCAAAGGACCUGGGAGAGUUAGAGGCCAUGCACCUGGAGCGCUGUCUUAGAAUAUUACCACAUCAUCAAAAUACUGGAGGAUUCUUUGUGGCAGUGUUAGUGAAAAAGUCUUCAAUGCCAUGGAAUAAACGUCCACCAAAGCUGCAGGGGCUGUCUGCGGAGCCGAGGGGGCCUGUGCAGCCCAGCCCUGCAGCCCCCCUAGGAGGGACAGCAGCCAACUGCUCUGAGCUGGAAAGUAACCCAGUCCCUGGAGUAGGUGAUGCAGAAGUACUUGAAAGAACUGAGAAUCAAGAGAAUAACGGAGACAAGAAAGAUGGCGUAUGUGGUCCUCCUCCUUCUAAGAAGAUGAAGUUAUUUGGAUUUAAAGAAGAUCCUUUUGUGUUUAUUCCUGAAGAUGACCCGUUAUUUCCACCUAUCCAGAAAUUUUAUGCUUUGGAUCCUUCAUUCCCAAAGAUGAAUUUGUUAACUCGAACUACAGAAGGGAAGAAAAGGCAGCUGUACAUGGUUUCAAAGGAGCUGAGAAACGUGCUCCUGAACAACAGUGAGAGGAUGAAGGUUAUUAACACUGGGAUAAAAGUCUGGUGUCGAAAUAACAGCGGAGAAGAGUUUGACUGUGCGUUCCGGCUAGCACAGGAGGGAAUAUACACAUUGUAUCCAUUUAUUAAUUCAAGAAUUAUCACUGUGUCAAUGGAAGAUGUUAAAAUUCUACUAACCCAGGAAAAUCCAUUUUUUAGAAAACUUAGCAGUGAGGCGUACAGCCAAGCCAAGGACAUGGCCAAGGGGAGCAUCGUCCUGAAGUACGAGCCAGACCACACGAAGGCAGACACCCUCCAGUGCCCCAUUGUACUGUGUGGAUGGCGGGGAAAGGCCUCAAUUCGAACUUUUGUGCCCAAGAACGAACGGCUGCACUAUCUCAGGAUGAUGGGGCUAGAGGGGCUGGCAGAAGAGAAGAAGGAAGGUGCUUCUGGGACAGCGGAGAGCACAGCCCACCCAGGGUUGCUGGAGGGGGCGGGGGAGGGGGCAGCGUGCCAGGGGAGCCACCUGCAGGCGGCGGGGCAGGCUGCGGGCCCAGACCUGCCCCACGAGGACCCUGCGACACCUCACCCCCAUGUCUGAACCAAAUCCAGGACUUCUGACCUCAAAGGGAUGUAUUUUUAGAAACUGAGGGAAUGAGAGGAGUGGUCUGAAUGAGCUUGGCACUGCUUUCCUAUGGGGCUUGCGAGAGUAUUUUUUUAGCUUUUUAGAAGUCACUCCUUUUACUUUGUUUCUUUGGCAAAGCUGGGUCUGGGGCAGGUACUAGGCUUCCACUGUGGAAGUCUUGCUUCUAUCAAGUAACGUAACUACCCUUAACAGAAAUUUCCAGGUCCACUUUGUUAGGCCUUUAUUGACCUCAAGGUCCAGUAUUUCUUUUAAUUAUUUAUAGAGAGAACAUACCUUCUUUUGAAUCAAUGGAAAACUACUAUCAGCUUUAAUAACUAUUUAAAGUUGCACAUCAGCAGUGUGACGUUACCAUGCAGUGGGGUUAAUAUCUGAGGUCUCAGAUGACAUCUGUGCCUUUGUAAUAAAGGGUAAAAUAAAUUUUCACAGAGUAAGA